UCCUUUCGCCUCAAACGCAGGGGAUAUCUAUUCAGACGAACACCUGCAACCCGUUAGUAAAGGGAAUGCUCUGAAUUUGGAUAUGGAAAACCGUCCCACAUAUGCCGGUCUGGAUGACACUUACCGACCUACCCUAGACAGUACAGCUCAAAAUGAUCCAGAUAUACCGCUAGAACCCGUCAAACCAGGUAUGACUUAUGAAGAACUACGUCAACGUAAUCGUGAGGAGUACGAGAAAAAACAACAAAAUCCUCUUUCAUCCCCUUUGCCGCCCAAUGCACCUCUAGUCAUACGUGAAACUAAGGCCACGCCUCAUGAAGAUCCCGUUAAAAGGGUCCGCACUAAUAAAUACGGUGAUCCUUUGGAAUGAAUUAAACUUAUUGAAAGAUAAGGAUACUGUGCGCGGCACAUAGAGCUUAUCUAAAUUUAAUUGCAAAAAGUUAAGAUUUUUAUUAUAAAAAUAAUUUUUGAACAAUGUAUAAAAAUACGGAAAAUACGCGGUUU